AGCGAGCUAUAGAAGGGGAGGGAGGCCAGUAGCGUGGCGCGAAACUACUGCGAACUUUGACAUCAGCUAUCCCACUAGGCUGUUCGGUUCAAGAUGGCGGCGCCCAUGUUUUUCUGCGUUGUUGUGACAGUAACUAUCGUCAAAUUGCUUCUCAUCCCCAGCUAUCGUUCGACAGACUUUGAGGUCCACAGGAACUGGUUGGCCAUCACCCACAGCAAGCCUGUGUCACAGUGGUACUAUGAGGACACCUCGGAGUGGACCCUUGACUACCCUCCCCUGUUCGCCUGGUUCGAGUUCCUCCUGUCUCAUGUAGCGAAGUACUUCGACCCUGCCAUGCUGAAGGUCACAAACCUGAACUACGCCAGCUUCGCUACCGUCCUGUUCCAGCGCCUGUCCGUCAUCGUCUCUGAUCUGCUGCUGGUGUACGCAGUGUACGAGUGUUGCCAGUGUGUGCAGGUGAUGGGUAAGAAGAAUUCCCCCCAGCUCCUGUCCCAGCCCAUGUUUGUACUGGCAGUACUUCUGCUGUGGAACUUUGGACUGCUCAUCGUGGACCAUAUCCAUUUCCAGUACAACGGUUUCCUGACUGGACUCAAGUUGUUAUCCAUCGCCAGGAUUCUACAGAGAAGACAUCUGGAAGGAGCGUUCUGGUUCUCCUUGCUGCUAAACUUUAAGCACAUCUACCUGUACAUCGCACCUGCCUACUUCAUCUACCUGCUGAGGGCGCACUGCUUCACAAGGUCAAAUAGAGACGGCCGUGUGCAGUGGACCAGUCUAUCUCUACUGAACCUGUUUGGGCUGGGGGUGGUCGUACUGGAGGUCUUCGCCAUCUCCUUUGGACCCUUCAUUGCAAUGGGCCAGCUGGGCCAGGUUCUAUCCAGACUGUUCCCCGUGAAGCGAGGGUUGGUACACGCCUACUGGGCACCCAACUUCUGGGCUCUGUACAACAUCGCUGACAAGGCCGCCACUGCAGUAGCUGUUCGUGCGAAGCUCCUGUCCCCUGAUGACAUCACCCAGGCCACCAUGACAGGAGGGCUGGUACAGGAGUAUACCCACAAUGCACUGCCCACCAUCUCUCCGCUGGUCACAGUCAUACUCACACUGGCAGCCAUGAUGCCCGCCCUGGUGCACCUGUGGAGACGACCGUGCACGCCGAGGGACUUCCUGCGUUGCCUCGUCCUCUGUGCCUUCGCCUCCUUCCUGUUUGGGUACCACGUGCACGAAAAAGCUAUCAUCCUCAUCAUCAUUCCUCUCAGUUUGCUGGCUGUAGAAAGUCGUCAGGACGGCCAGGUGUUCCUCUUGCUCAGCACCUGCGGACACCUGUCGCUAUUCCCACUCCUCUUCACUCAGGCAGAGACCCCCAGUAAAGUGUGCCUGAUGCUGAUGUUCUCACUCUUUGCCUUCAUGGCCCUGGGCAGUCUGCAUGGCUCCAGUAAGAGACGUCCGUACUGCCUGCCGCUCCUGUCUCCUGUGGAGACUGCGUACAUCAUUGGGCUGGUAUUACUCCAGCUGUACUGUAGCCUGGGCCAUCACGCCCUAGGUCUCACCACCCGCCUGCCGUUCCUCCCACUCAUGCUCACAUCAGUCUACUGCGCCCUGGGGGUUAUGGGGUCUUGGCUCAAAUUUUACUUCACGACUUUGACAAGCGUUCAGCAUUUAAAACAGUCUUAGGGUGAUUUCUAAUCCAUGACCUUCACUCUUAAUACAGUAAACAUUUUUAUUCUAAGCUUGCAGGAACUUAGUUUCACAAAAGAAGGAUAAAGGAGGCAUUUACGUAUACAUGUAGGUAUUUUUCUUUUCAUGUAGGUAAGUUGAAACAACUGCAGUAACAAAAAUGCAGGACAGAGCACAUGCAAAGAGUGAUCAAUAAGUUCACAGCCUCACUCAGAAAUAGGGUGCACAACUCAAAU